GAACAGCGACAUCUUUUGGCAUAAACAGUUUAUUUUAUUACAUUUUCAUUUAAGUAGCUAAUUGAACAACAUUUUAACACUUUAGAUCGUUUAUAAAUGGCAAAAAGAAUCCGCUACAAUUUUCAACAGUCCAACAAUCUCAAUGUUUGUAAGUUUCGACAAGCCUCGUUUGAUCUCCUGACAGAUUUCCUUGUGAACCUCAACAAGGAAAAUAAAGAUAAACUCAGCAGUUUAUCAAAAUGCUGCGGGAACUUCAGGGAUAAGAAUGUCUUGGAAAACAUUUUACUUAUGACCAAUGCACUGAGUCUUGACCCAAAAGUUGGAUACCAUGCCAAUGAAUUACUUCAAAGUUUCAUGACCAAACACAUCACCCAUCUGCUCACCACGCCCUCACCUCAAGGAGCUUCUGCCGUUCAGCCCAUAAGUUAUGAAGACGCUGUUUUUGACAUGGUCAAAGACAAGUUCCCUCUCAUUAUUUUCUCCUGUGUACAAAUUGCAAGCAAAAUGUCUUUGCACGUGAAUAUUAUUGACAACAACACUGCUGAGCGCUUCCUCCGGUCAGUGGGCCUCACAGUUACAAAGAAAUCACUCCUGGACUCAGAGCUGAUGGUGCUAAAGGGACUCGACUUUAAACUGGAUGUUGCUAACCCUCUGAUCUAUGUUGAAAUACUUCUGGAAGUCCUUGGUCACAAUGAGCCGUCCGUCCCCAUAGAGCUCGUGUAUGAUCUGUGCAAGCAGGUGCUCCAGUUUGUCGUCUUGGAGAGAGUGACCAUCUAUGAAUCUCUGUUAACAGCGACCACCAGAAGCCAACAGCCCACAGCAGAGCAGAGAGAGAAGUUUGUGUCUGUGACUGAGGACUUCAUGCUACUCGGUGCUGCUGUCAUUGCUGCCGCUUUGUACAUAUUUCGUAUCGGCCAAUGGGAGGAGGUGGUAGGAGAGCUUAGCAACAUCACAGGGAUUUCCAGGAGGAGCGUCAGGGAUUUUGCUGCUGUUAUUGUGUUACACCUUACGGACUCCUCUGGUCUGUCAUAACUACUACAUUUAAUUUUAUUGUUUUUGGUCCACUGACAGAAAUGCAUAGCUGAUCAAAUUCAA